AAAUGUUCCAUGAGUGACUGCAGUUCUCAUCCCGAGUCCCCAGAUCUCGUGGACUUUAUUCAAAGGGUCUGAGAUCUGAAUAAGAACUGUAUGUUAAUUCUUAGAUGCACCAUGAUAAUUUGGCACUCUAACUAGAAGCUACAUAUGUCUUAUGGGAAGGCAGCAAAAUGAUUGUGUGGGACCCUGUAGGCCAAGGAGUUUGGAUUUUAUUCUAAAAGUCAUAAGGCAGCAUGGAGGAGCUGACACAGGAAAAGGAAAUGACUGGAAUUGGAUUUGGGAAGAUGCUCUGACUGCCCUGUGUGGGUAGGAGGUGUGUAGAGAGGUAAGCAGCUCAGUAGUUCAGGAACUGAUAAUGGUGCCUGAAUUAUGAGAGUGAACAUGAAGAUGAAAGAGAAGGCACACUGGAGAUAUAUUUAGAGGUAGAAUCUAGGUUAGUCUGAUUAAUUGGAGGUGAAUCGGGGAUGACUCCCAGGGAUCUUGCAUAAGCAAGCUAAAAGAUGAUGGCUGGGAAGGCUGGCAACGGGAAUUUGUUCAGGUCACGCUGGGGAGAAAACAUAGGCUUCUUCCUGUCCUUCUCUCACCUACUGAGGCAGCUGGUGAUAUCUGAGACUCUCUCCCACUCUGUGCGAUCAUUAGAAACCACAUUACUUUUUAAGAGGUGCCAGAAAGUCACUGAAUCUUGGCAAACCACUCUUGGGACAUUGUGGUCAGCUGCCUGGCCCGGGUUGGGUAAAGGACCCCUUGUAGCUCGUCUCGUGCACCAGCGCAGAUCCUCUUGGCCUCACUUUUCUCUCCCCUGCCCCAUACCUCUGCAGUGCCCAGCUCUGCAUAGACUCGAAUUAGCUUUACGAAGGCACAAUCCUGCAACACCUCACCUCACACCUAUGCCAUGUGCCUCUUGCCUCCUGCCUCCUGCCCGAGGGACACAGUAUCCUGAGCCCACACAUGUGCAAACCAGAAGUGGGAGAUGGCAUCCAAUGGUCAUAUGCUUCCCUUCUUCCCCGAGAAUGACUAGUCAUUUCAUAAGGACCAAGCAACUGGUUAGCAAUAGCAGUAGCAGGGACAAACCUGAGUUGGUUCUCCUCCUUUGCUUUUCCACUCCUCCUCCCCUGUACUCCUGCUCCAUGGCACCACAUGCCGCAAUAAAUCUUCACACACAAGCCUUUGUCCUGGGAUCUGCUCUCUAUGAUACCCAGACUAAGAUAAAAAUCACAGUGGUCACCCAUGUGCCGGCAUGCAGUCAGCCCUCCCGCUCCUGGAGUGGUGACAGUCAGACACUUUGUUCUUUUCUUCCAGAAAAGGAAAAUGAGUUGAUCCCAUGUGGUGUAGAUGUGAAAAGGGGGAACGGGAUGGUAGUUCCUGGUGCUCAAGCAGGGGACAGAGGAUAAGUCCUGAGCCAGGGCUUCUGGGUGGGGCCCAUGGAAGUGGCUGUGUCAGGAAUGAGCGAGCUUUCUGCACUUGACUGAGCUUAGUCAGGGGUCCCCGGGCUUUCAGUACCAGCUCCCCCCAGAGGUGCCUGGAAAGUGGACCCUCAUGCUGUGCAUCUCCAGAAGGGGAAGGAGAGCAGUCCCCAAAGAAGCCCUCUGACGGCAAUGAGGACUUGUGCCCCAUGGCAGUCUGUGUCCUGGAAGUAAGCCCACGCAGGAGUAAAAUGCUUGGAAUCCUGAGUCUCCCAGCUGGGGAGCCAGACUCAUAUGCCCCCUCACGUGGAAUCCGAGAUGUGACAGCAUUUGUUCUGUGACUCCAUGAUAAAGCAGAUACAUGUGCUUAUGUUAACAGCAAUGAAUAUCUGUAUGCUGGGGGCACAGAAAACCACAAUAUUUAUGCAAAAAAGAUCCUACUUUAAUAAAACAAGCAAAAAAUGUAUAUAUGUAUAUGAAUGUAUGUAUUUAAUUCCCAUAUGCUUAGGUACAGAACAUCCAAAGAGCAUUUGGCUAGAAUAACUGUCUAGAACAGUGAUGGCGAACC